GUGACAUAUUAUGGUUUUGGUACCGUUUCAAGCCAUGGGCUUUUGGGGAACACUUCUGUUUUUGAUCUUCCUUGAGCCAAGUUGGGGACAGGAACAAACAUAUAUCAUUUCAACCCCAAUUGUCUUCCGAGUUGGAGCUCCUGAAAAUGUUACAGUCCAAGCCUAUGGCUACACCGAGGCAUUUGACACAACCAUCUCUGUGAAAAGUUAUCCUGAUAAAAAUGUUAAUUACUCUUCAGGCACUGUUGAAUUAUCACCAGAAAAUAAAUUCCAAAACUCUGCUAUCUUAACAAUUCAGGCCCAAGAGUUGUCUGAAGGACAAAACUGGUUCUCAAACGUGUAUUUGGAAGUCGUGUCAAAGCAUUUUUCAAAAUUAGAAAUAAUGCCAAUCGUCUAUGACAACAGCUCUCUCUUUGUUCACACUGACAAGCCUGUGUACAUUCCAGAACAGCCUGUGAAGGUUGCCGUCUACUCAGUGGAUGAUGACCUAGAGCCUGUCACCAGAACAACAGUCUUGACUUUCAUAGACCCCGAAGGAUCCGAAGUUGGCAUAAUAGAGGGAAGAAAUGGCACGGGAAUUGCCUCUUUUCCUGACUUCGAGAUUCCUUCUAAUCCUAAACUUGGUAGAUGGACUAUUAAGGCUAACUAUAGAGAAGACGCUUCAACAACUGGAACUACACACUUUGAAGUUAAAGGACAUGAGAAAGCUUUCAAAAUGGCUGUCAUGCCCACAACUGAUCUGCAACACAAGAUGGAAAAUCAAGAUAAAGCACAUGUCAUGUGUCACCAGACAAGCGAUUGUUUGGUGCAGAAAAUGAAUGAACAAGCUUCUAAAUACAAGCAUCGAGUGAUAAAGAAAUGCUGUUACGAUGGGGCCAGAUACAAUGAGCAUGAGACCUGUGUGCAGCGAGCUGCCCGUGUGACUAUAGGCCCGAACUGUGUCAAAGCCUUCAGUCUCUGCUGUGAAAUAGCACACCAGAUGCUAGAAACCUUUAAGCAUAUUCACAUGUCAAGUCACCGUAAGUACGACAUUUUCUAUCAGAUCCUUGCCAAACAUGGGACUCUCACUGCCACCAAGAACACUGACAUCCAACCUGGGAGAGCUGUGGACACAACAGCACAGACUCCCGUGGGCUACCAUGCUGCCCAGACGUCUGGAACUACAUUACAUCAUCAGGCGCGAUCCGUUGUGCCCACAGGGUGUGGGAGCCUCUGA